AAAGAAAAUAAUAAUAUAAUUAAAAAAGAAAGCAUUUAUUAUAUAAAACUUCAGUGGGAGCGGAAGACAAAAGUAUUUGCUACCCCCUCUCUCUCCUCUCUCUGGCUUAUUCCAAAUCCGAAGCCGGCUGAAUAAUCAAUCGAAGAUCGAAGAGAAAAGGAAGCAAAAAUUCCCUCUUUGGAAACGAAGGAAAUCCAUCUUCAAAAACUCCAAAAAAAGAAAAAAAACCUGCACUUGGCGUCUGUAAUUGAUCAACAGGUUAGAUCUGUCAAAGGUUGCUCCUUUCUUUCCUUUCGGUGAGUAGGCAGUAGAAUAAAGAUGACCCAUGUGAAUUUAUGUUGAAAAGAGUCGAUCUUUGUUGUCAAAAUUGGAUCUUUUAGUGGAAGAUAGUAGAGAAGUUUUUCUGUUUUUUUUUUUUUUGGAAAAUUUGGGAUGACUCAGAAAUUGGGUAGUUCUAUAUUUUUCCGGUUUUAAGAGGUAGAUGGGUUUUCUAUUACUUUGAAGCCUCAAAUUUCCUGCGCUAGUCAGAGCUGAAUUGAUAGUUUGGCCUCCAAAGAUCCAGCUUUUUCAAAUGAAGCUGUAUUGGGUUCUUUUAUUGUUUGUAAUAGCUUGCUGGACAAGGAGAGGGGAAGCUCAGUUGAAGCAAUUGCUGGUCAAUUGUGGCUCCAAUUCUAGUGUGAACGUAGAUGGUAGGAAAUGGGUUGGAGAUUUAGUACCUGGGAACAAUUUCACACUGACUUCUGCUGGUAGUAUCGGUUCUAGUAACUCAUCUGAUAGAGAUCCACUCUAUGGAGCUUUGUACAAAACUGCCCGGAUCUUUAACACGACCUCGAGUUACAAUUUCAGCCUAGAUUCGGGUUCUUAUUAUCUCAGGCUUCAUUUCUACCCAUUCUCCUUUGGGAACUUCAAUGUCAACGAGUCUUCGUUUGACGUAACAGCCAACAAUUUGAAGCUGGUUUCUAAGUUCAAUGUUACCGCUGAGAUUUUGUGGAAGAACGCGAAAAGUAACUCUAAUUCAACUUCUCUUGUGAAGGAGUACUUGGUUGGCAUCAAAGGUAAGGGUCUGGAUCUUGAGUUUAGUCCUGAUGCAAGAUCGGUUGCCUUUGUAAAUGCCAUUGAAGUAAUCCCGAUCCUUGAUGGGCUGUUUGCUGAUACUGUGAGCAAAGUAGGAAGCAAUGGUGAAAAGAAUUCUUUGAAUUUGAUAGACCAAGGGAUGGAGACUAUGUAUCGGUUGAAUGUUGGAGGGCCUAAAAUAGAAUCCAGUAAAGACUCUAAUCUUUCGAGGAAUUGGGAAUCAGAUGAGAAGUUUAUGUACGUUGCCGAUGCGUCGACUAUGAUUAGUACUGAUUCUAAGAUUACCUAUUCCUCCAUCAAUGAAUCCUCCGUCGCACCUCUAGAGGUUUAUGAAACAGCAAGAACAAUGACCAAUAACGAAGUUGUUGAGAAAAAGUUCAAUAUCUCCUGGAGGUUCGAUGUGGAUCCAAACUUUGAUUAUUUUAUUCGCCUUCAUUUCUGUGAGUUCGUCUGUGAGAAGGCUAAUCAAAGGAUUUUCAGAAUCUACAUAAACAACAAGACAGCAGCAGAUAACUAUGAUGUGUUUGUUCACGCUGGAGGAAAGGACAAAGCUUAUCAUGAGGAUUUUAUCGAUGUGAUCCCUCAACAGAUUGAUACUCUUUGGCUCCAACUGGGGCCUGAUUCAAAUGGUGCACCGGGUUCUGAUGCAUUUCUUAAUGGUUUAGAGAUAUUCAAGCUCAGCAAAAAUGGUAAUCUUGCUCACGUUUUGAGUAGGUUUGAUACCGGUGGAGGAGCCAAUGCCAGUGAUAGUAAGCCAAAGAACAAGUCUCUGUUGGCGAUCAUUGUGAUUGGAAUUUCUGUAACAUUAACCGUUAUAGUCAUAUCUCUUGGUUUCAUAUGUUUAUAUGUCCAUCGGAAGAAAGCAAUUCAUGUGAAAGAGCAGCAUCCUCCUGGUUGGCGUCCUCUCUUCCUUCAUGGUCUCAAUGGAAGCACAACAAAUGCUCGGGCUUGUAAGUCCCCUUUGAAUGCUAAUGGAUCAGUGGCUACUGUUAGAACGGGGAAAAUGUUCACUUUGGCAGAGAUUAAAACAGCAACUAAUAGUUUUGACGAGUCCUUGGUCAUUGGAACUGGAGGUUUUGGCAAGGUCUACAAAGGAGAUAUUUGCGGCGACUUAGUAGCUAUAAAGCGGGCACACCCAAAUUCUCAACAGGGUCUAAAGGAGUUUGAAACUGAGAUUGUAAUGCUCUCAAAGCUUCGACAUAGGCAUCUGGUCUCAAUGAUUGGCUAUUGUGAUGAGCAAAACGAGAUGAUUUUGGUUUACGAGUACAUGGGCAAUGGUACAUUGAGGAGCCAUCUCUAUGGGUCUGAUCUCCCUCCGCUUAAUUGGAAGCAAAGGCUAGAAGCAUGCAUCGGUGCUGCACGCGGACUAUAUUAUCUGCACACCGGAGCUGAGAGAGGCAUAAUUCAUAGGGAUGUUAAGACUACUAAUAUCCUUCUGGAUGAGUCCUUUGUUGCGAAAGUGGCAGAUUUUGGGCUGUCUAAAGAUGGACCAGCCUUAGACCAGACCCAUGUUAGUACUGCUGUGAAAGGGAGCUUUGGAUACCUCGAUCCUGAGUACUUUCGUAGGCAGCAGCUCACUCAAAAGUCUGAUGUGUAUUCCUUCGGUGUAGUACUCUUUGAGGUUGUAUGCGCCCGUCCAGUGAUAAAUCCAACUUUACCGAGGGAUCAGAUAAAUCUCGCAGAAUGGGCUCUUCAAUGGCAGAAGAAGAGAUCCCUUGAGGCCAUCGUUGAUCCGAAACUCCAAGGAGGUUACUCUGUGGAGCCCAUGAAAAAGUUUGGAGAAAUCGCGGAGAAAUGCCUUUCUGAUGAGGGUAAGGACCGACCGACAAUGGGUGAAGUAUUGUGGCAUCUUGAGUAUGUUCUUCAGCUGCAUGAAGCUAUACAAAGUGGAGAAGGGGAAUCCUUUACAAUGAACGAGCUGAGAUAUGCUGAUAAUUCUUUUAGUAUGCCUCGGAUAAAAGAGGGGGAUGAAGAAAGCAUCGAUGGAAAAUCCCUGGAACUAAGAAGCUGAGGAAUGAACACUAUCCAAGAAAGAAACGGGAGUGAUUCAUCAUCCUUUACUUAUGUAUUGUGCCUAUUACUUUUAUUCUUUUAAAGUAUAACAAGGACUUAACUAGCUUUUGUUGUAUAAUUACACCACUGGCAAAAUCCUUGUUUGCUUUUCUCCCAUUGCCAGAUUAGCUAUCUUAUAUUGUUCAUUUGCUCAAAUAGUUGAAGUUGUGUAAUCUGUUUAAAGGGUUGUAAUGGCAUUUUUAUUGUUGAAAAUUAGACUUUGGUUUCUGUUGUUGGCCUAAAAGGUAAUUCAAUGUUCUGGUAUUUCAUUC